UUAAACAAGAAAUUAAUCUGAACAAAAUACUCAAAUCCUAGUUAAAUUAAAUACAUAACCAUAAUCUUCGUUUACUGAACUAAAGCGUGUUUCCUAUCGCAUUCCCGCUUUUAUUUCGUCUGCGUUUCAGAGCUUUGCCUUCUUCUCAUCUCUCUCUAGGUCUCUUCUGUACUAAUCUGGGUUAAGGUUUUAAAAAUCAUGAGUGGAACAUCAGCAUCGGCUCGCUCAGACAAAUCGGGCAAGAACAGCAAAGGCUUGCCUUUGGCUGCUGUGAAGGAUGAAUUCGCCUCUUCCUCCAAGAGAAAAAACACUUGUACGAAGAUAGAGUACGAAAUCCUCAAGGAGAAUCACGAGACAUUGAAGAUAGAUUACGAGAGUCUUCAGAAAAGGUUUAAGCUUGCAGAGGAAACUUACGAGGUCAUGAAGAAGCUGCUGCUUCAGAGCAAAGCUGAGAGACGGGAGGAUGGUGUGAGAGAGAGAAACGACAAGGAAAUGGAGAGUGAGGGAAAGGGCAAGAUUGAUGAGCUGAGGAAGAGAGAAGAGGAGCUUUUGUUGGCGAUUAGGAAAGGGAAAGAAGAUAAGGCGAAACUGGAGGACAAGUUUGUUGCAUUAGCUGAGAGGUUUUGCGUGGUUGAAGCAGAUUGUGAGUACUUGAAGUCGCUGUAUGAUGCUGAAGUUGCUGCUUCAGAGAUUGAAGAGACUAACAAGCUGAAGAAUAAUGUGAAGAACGAUGCUACAGUGAUAAGUGAUCACAAUGAUCCUGUUGGUACAAGAAGCCAAGAUGACCAAUGCAAGAACCAAGAAAUCUUCACUCCGAGAGCUGUUACUAAUGAUUCACCGCCUUCGUCUGCUUCACCAUCAUCGUCAUCUUCAUCUUCAGAUGGCUAUGAUGUUGUGAUUAAGCUUCCAGCUAAUUGGCCAGACUGGGCACUGCCUAAAGGACCUGGUGAUGAUUCCAGCAAGUCUUAGAACAUUUCUAAUGCAGAGAACAACACAGAUAGAGCCAGAAGAAGUGAGUUUGAGGUUGCAGACUUGUUAAGCUAGCUGAGGAAAACUUCUUUAUUACAUAUAUAAAUCUUUUGUUAAAUCACUUCUUAAUCAGUUUAUAUUCGUAUGUCAGAAACUACAGUUGUUGACGCAUUUGG